AUGUUCCUCACCCUCGCCCUGCUGCGGAAAGGUAUCCCUGGGAAGCAGUGGAUCGGAAAGUAUCGGCGUCCGCGGCCAGUUACGUGGCAGAUGAAACGCAACAUGGUGAAGCACCUGGAACGUGAAGCGGAGAACGAAUAUUGGAUCAGCCGGCCGUACAUGACUGUGGAGCAGGAAUACUGCCACGCUGUGGAGCGCAGAGCCCAGAACUGGCAGAAGAUCAAAGAGGCCAGCUAUGCAAACUUUCCUGAGCACAAGCACAUGACAGAUCACCUUAGUCAUCUGAAAAUUACCAAGACAUGGUAA